GGAUUCUAUUUGAUUAAGGUUCUAAGGUAUAACAAGAAAUAGUAGCGCCGUAGGAGUUGUUAUUUGGCUGAAAUGGCCAGAGAGUAUGACCAUCUGUUCAAGCUGCUCAUAAUUGGGGACAGUGGAGUCGGCAAAAGUAGUUUGCUUCUAAGAUUUGCUGACAAUACGUUUUCCGGAAGUUACAUAACAACCAUUGGUGUGGACUUCAAAAUACGAACAAUCGAAAUUGGCGGCGAGAAAGUAAAGCUACAAAUCUGGGACACGGCGGGUCAGGAGAGGUUCCGUACAAUAACCUCAACUUACUACAGAGGCACGCAUGGUGUGAUAGUGGUGUAUGACGUACAAAGUGCUGAGUCUUUUGUCAACGUUAAACGAUGGUUGCAUGAAAUUGAACAAAACUGCGACAGUGUAAACAGGAUUCUUGUUGGAAAUAAAGACGACUGCGCGGAAAAGAAAGUCGUCGAAACUGCGGAUGCUAAAAAGUUUUCCGAUCAAAUAAACAUUACUUUGUUUGAAACAAGUGCCAAAGAAAAUAAGAAUAUUGAAGAGAUGUUCACUGAGAUUACAAGACAAGUCCUGCGUACGAAGCAAAACUCACAAAACCAGUCCGGAGCCGGCCAGCCCGACGGACUCAAACUUCGAGAUAAAAGAAAUAAACCAAAGAAGUCGAGCGGAUGUUGUUGAUAUGAUGACUUUACGUCUUCUCGGAUCUUACGUCUUCCCUAACUCAGCGAUAACUCUUCGGAAGACGCUUAAAAUGAGCAGCAAGCUCAGUUAAACUUGUAUUAAAUCGUGAACAAUAUGAUUUGUUCUUAUUUUUUCAUCAUUUCAUUUAACAUUAUAAAAACACAAGUUA